AUGCCAAUUCGACAACUUGAGAAAGAGCUUGCAAAACGACACCUAAUUAAGAAGUUCGAUCUGGAUACGCUUAAAGAAAAUACAAUUGGAAUUGACGGGGCCUGGUUCGUGCGAAAGUAUAGUCUGUUCCUGCAGGGCAAAAAUAUCCUAAUGGAUGGGUUUGGGAAGGAAAUCCUAUCUCACGUGGAGAGCUUACUAGAGUGCAUGGAGAAAGUAGGGUGCCGAGUAGUCUGGAUAUGGAAUGGAAUAUCCCCCACACUUGAAUUGCGAAAAGUGCCAGAAAAAAGAAGAAAAGAGCUUGUUGUGAGUGGCUGCGAGCACUACAGCAAUGGGGAGAUAGACCUUGCGUCCAAAGCGUGGGCUGUUGCUUUUGAUUACGAAGAGCAGAAGGCUUCAAUUAAUGCAGUUCUGGCCCGCUAUAAGGUGGAGGUGGUCAAUGCCCCAUACUUUGCCACAGCCCAGGGAGCAUACAUGGAGAAAAAGCUAUACAUCUCGAUGUUCUUUGGCGCAACAGACUAUUUGCUGUUCCCAGGAGCUGAGGACCUGAUUCUUGAUUUUGAAUUCAUUACAUCCGGCGAUAGGAAGGCCAUGACUGUAGCAUCAUGCACUGUCUCUGAGAUCUGCAAGUCACUCAAUCUCACACUAAACAGCAUGCGUGAAAUAUUCCUUAUGCUUGGGAGCGAAUACUGCCCAACUAUUCCAGCACACAGCCUAGUCUUUGAUCCUUUCUUCAUUAUUGAGACCUACAGGAACAAGCAUGUCUCCAAAGAGCUUCAGAGAAAAGUAGAAACCGCUUCGCAGGAUGGAAGGGUAGAUAAGUUCACUGUAUUUGCCAACACAUAUUUUAAAGCCCAAUAUGUUAUUAAUCACCAACCUGUUAUGAAUGAAAACGGUGAGCUAGUGCUUCUCACUGAAUGCGGAUUCUCCCCAAAUCUCGAGCUGGUCUUUGGUAAGAGGAUCCCAGACUGCUUCUUUUCUCUGUUUUUUAGGGGAAUUAUUUCUUUGGAGUACAUUACUGGGCUGGUUAUGGGCAGACUUGAUGUUAUUUGCGCCCCAACCAUUUGUGAAGCAAUUGAGCCCGUGCUUUUUUCUCUAUAUAGAGCCACCUCGCUUGUAAUAUCAGGCCUGCAGCCUACUUCAAAUAAUAACUCAGUAUGUAUUGGAGGAGCAGAAAGGCUUGCAGAGGCUAUUGGAGAAAGAGAGAAGGCGCCCAUGGAGGAAUUAAUAAAGCCAAGCCUGAAGCAGACAAAUGAGUUGCCUUUGGUUCUGCAGUGGCUCAUUAUUCUGCUUGACCGGGCAGACCCCUCUAUGCUUGACAAAAUAUUCAUUUUUAACCCAGUGCACCAUGAGAUAGAAAGCCCAGACGAAAUAGACUGGGAGGUGUUUGAAGUGGGAGAGAGCUUUAAGUUUGCGAUUUCAUCAAUCAAAAACAAGCUCAAACUAGAUAAGCCAGAAAGAGAGAUAGAUCCCGUUAGUAUAAGCUGCAUAAAUGGAUGGAGAAUGGAAGAAAUUCUUGUUCUAUGCCGAAAGAAAAGGAUGCGUAUGCUUUCACCUGAACAGAUAUCCUUAAUAGAGAGAAAUCUAGAAUAUAUUGAAAAACUGCAAAGAUUCUUCUCUGACAAUGUUAAAUCAAAUCGCCAUAAAAAUGAGCUAGAUAUUUUGGUAAAGUAUGCGAAAGAAAAGCUGCUUCAUGCAUAA